AUGCUUCUCGUCUUGGUGGUAGCCGCUUUCGUUGCUUCUAGCGUUGGCUACAAAUGUGAUCUAACCCUGUUCCCAGAUCAAUCACAUGAACUUGGUCAUCGUGAAUGCAGUCUGCAGGCCGAGAGCAGUAUUGGCGAGUUGGAUCCUAUCCUUCAGGAGGUCCUUCAACGUUCAGAUGCAGUGCUAAACGAGCGUGAGGAGCCAAUGAUGCAGAAAAGAAAAAACGAGUUUAUUCGCUUCGGAAAACGCGGUGCACGUGAAGUCAAGAGGAAAAACGAGUUCAUACGGUUCGGCAAAAGAAAGAAUGAAUUCAUACGGUUUGGCCGGUCUGAUUCAGGUGUGACUGAUCCACUUGUUGCAAAACGCAAGAACGAGUUCAUCCGCUUUGGCUAA